CAGUCUUCCGCAUCAUUUUUUUCCAAUUGCAUACUGACCUGGAAUCGUGUAUACAAUCGAACACUCCGAACAUACACUUAUCAGCAAACGACGGACAGUUGGAAAAAUCGCACAUCACCCAUCCUUCCACCACUAGCGUUCCUCGCAACGCCCUCCACAUCCGCAACACGACUUUCAAACGAACCUGGAAAAACAGCGACUUCAUCAAAAGACCAGGGAAUUCCCAAAAUGGCCGUAAUAGUGUCUGCGGAACAUAGCCCUGAAAACCCUCCAAACAACCAUUCCAAACCAUCCUCCCUCUCUAAAUUGGUCAAAAAACUAAGACAUCUCCGACGCUCAACCUCUAAAAAGCAAAACAGUGACACAUCACGACAAAUCUCAUACUAUGACCCCCGACCCCCCCUAAUUCCCACAUCACUCCCUCUAGUCCUCCCAGAGCACAAACACACCCUCGCCAAUCUAGGCUGGACAACCCUAACAUUCCCAUCCCCUUCUACUCCAACAUCUACUUCCCAGGACUCUUCGCCUCCACCUUCCUCACCACACCCACUCGAAACAGCAACAUUUGCUCUCUAUACCGCAGCUCAACAAUUCUUCAAUCAACCUCUCUCGGCUAAGCAAGUCUGGAAACAUGACCUCGGCACGGAAGAAGGUUGGAGUAUCGUCGAAGGCGAGAAAGAAUUCAUCACGUUACGAACACUCUCUGGCACACCUGAGAUUUUGAGGGAUGCAGCGGAGAGGUAUUGGAGUGUUGUUCUGGGUGGAAGGGAGGGCGUUUUGAGGGGUGUACUUAGGGGUGUUGAGGGGAGUUUAGGAUUAGGAAGAGAGGAAACAGGAAACUCAUCACCGACUGCGGAGAAAAGCCCGCUACUCAACUUCCUACCUCCAACACCUUCGAUGCCCCGGACGGAAGACGAGAAGACGGCAUCAAUGAUCAGGAUCUUCCGUUACACUCUCUCGUCUCCUUCACCAAUCACUGCUUCCUCGCUCCCUUCGGAGCACAUCCCAUCACCGCCGUCAGAUGAGCAGGAAGACGGCAUUAAAGUAAUAUCAGAACCGCACUCAGACCUCGGUCUUCUCUCGCUCGUCACGGGCGAUGUCCCCGGGCUAGAAGUCUACAACGGAGAACGAUUCCUCGACAUCGAGAGAUUCUACGCUCACUCCUCUCCUCCCCCUCCCUCUUCCUCGUCUAUUCAACGAAUGGGAAGCGGGAAAGCAACAGUACUAAUCGGACGUCAUCUAUCCCUCCUCACAAACGGCCGGUACCCGCCCGGUGGGCAUAGAGUUGUUUCGUACCAUGAUUCCCCUCUCCUGCCAACACCCGCACAACCUUCAACAGAGGCUGAGAGUAAGGAUGGGGGACAAGGGACAGAGUACAGACACUCUAUUAUCUUUGUGCUCCGUGCGCAUUCUCCUGUUCCUGUUAUCUCGCGCGAGCUGGAGUCUGAUAGAACGGGGAAAUGGGAGACUCCGGUAGAAGAGAAAGACGGAGUUACGGCGGGCGAUGUGUAUGAGAAUAUUCGGAAAGGGUGUUGGAAUGUCAAUUUAGGGAAGACGGAGAGGGAGAAGCAGAGAAGAGAUCUGGAGGAGGAGAAGGUUGGGGGGAAGGAAGGGGAAGGGGGUUUGGGUGGAAAGUUGGGUUAGUGAUGGGUGGUGCGAGAGAUCAAUUUGUAUGUUUUAUUUGUGGUUCACAUACCUGCUCUUUUGGAAACUGGUUUCACGGUGGUGGUAUUAAGGUGAGAUACGUGUGC